AACAGUGGUUAAACUAUAUUCGAACAUUAUUGACUUUAGUGGGUCGCAGCAGCUUCAUCCUUCAAGUACUGUAGUAACUUAAUGAAUAAUCGUGGACACAGCUGCUAAUCUUUCUUUGGUGAUGACGGAAGAAACCCUACGGCAACUUUUUGUGGUUGAGCCAGACUUUUGCCCUGCAUGUGGUUCUAUCCUUGUGCUGCCUCAGACAAGUGAGACUGUGGCAUGUAGAGUUUGUACAUUCAAGACACCAAUUGACGAUAUUAUUAAUCGAGAGACAACUUACAAAGUGGACUUUGUUCAAAAGGGAACUUAUCUAGUAUCUAAGAAGAAGGUUGAAGAAGAGAGUGAACUAGGUCAAAUGGAUAAUGACCGAGAGUGUAGUAAGUGUGGGAACAUUGGUAUGUCCUACACCACCAUGCAGCUUAGAUCAGCAGAUGAAGGACAAACUGUUUUCUAUAUCUGUCCAAAGUGCAGACACAGAGAAGUGGAGAAUUCUUAACCCCAGGGAUGAAUAUACUUGAGCAAUACUGUAUAUUUUCAUCAUUAUAAUAAAGGUCUGU